AUCUUCUAAAGCUUAUUGUUAUACAAAGAUUAUGAAGAAAAUGAGUGAACGCAUUGUAUUACAACACUAACACACUUAUAUGCAUAUGUAAUUUAAGAUGCACAGUUUAGGGACAGGCUAUAAGCCUCUCGUGUAGGCUGUACUCUAGUAGUAGUACAUUACACAGGCCUACACUGUACUGAAGGAAGUAUAGGCCAUUUUAUUGGCAUUUGAAAAAUGGUUAGGCCAGUGUUUGUUCCAUUUCUCAGAAAUCUUGUAGUUGCUACCACUAGAAGAAGAAUUAGCUACUGUCUUGCACCCUGUGAGAGUCGAAACUUUACCCCAUGUCAGACUACUGUAUUAUAUGCAAAAACAUUUUUAGGAACACAUCAGCUUUUUCUCCUACGAUUUAUUGCUGGUGGAAACAGUAAGGACAAUGGAAAUUCUUUGAAAGAAAGCUCCAAGCAAGCUAGUCAAACAAAAUCCAUAGGCAAAGAAACUAUUAUAUCAGUGAUUCCAAAACGGAAGAGCCAAAGGAAGAAACUUGAUGUCACUCAAGCUUACACUGAAAGAAACUUUAUCACUCCACUUCGAGCUAUGAACGAGUAUCUUCUUAAACCCAUUGACUUGGAAGGAUUGAGAAAAAUCCAACGACGAAGUCCAUAUGAAGAGACUCCUCCUAUUAUUGUGUAUUUGAGGACAGAUAUUGAAGCAAAGGCACUUGAAAAGUGGAAAAAUAGUGAGGCAUUAAAAAGAGAAUUAAGAAAAAAGAGAGAAGAAGAAUGUGCACAUAAGGAUAUAGAUAUCUUUAACAUGAAGAAGGAGCUGAAAGACUCAAGGAAAGCUGAAAGAGAAUAUCAAGAACUGAAGAGGAGAGAGAAAAUUCUUCGAGGUUCUGGCCGUGUUGUAGUGGCAGCUGUCACAAUCAAUGCAACUAACUUCAUUCUAAAGCUAAUGGCCUGGCUGUACACAGGAUCACACAGCAUGUUUGCUGAAGUCAUCCAUUCUUUUGCUGAUACAUGUAACCAGUUGAUCUUAGCCUUUGGAAUAAGAAAAUCCAUCCAACAAGCAACACAAGAACAUCCCUAUGGUUACCACACCAUGCGAUAUGUGGCCUCUCUGAUCAGUGGUGUUGGUAUUUUCUGUUUUGGAACUGGCCUUUCUAUAUACCAUGGAAUCAUGGGAUUGCUUCACCCAGAACAGAUGGAACCACUUUUUUGGGCUUACAUGGCAUUAAGCAUAUCUCUGAUGACUGAAGGUGGCACUCUUAUGAUAGCCUUUAAUGCCAUAAAGAAGGGAGCUUUUCAAGAAGGGAUGUCUGUGAAAGAGUAUGUUCUACGCAGCCAAGACCCCAGUGUAAACGUAGUGCUACUUGAGGACCUUGCAGCUGUGUUGGGUGUUGGAAUAGCAGCCACUUGUAUGGGGUUAAGCUCCUAUAUGGGUAGUCCAGUCUAUGAUGCUGUUGGCUCCAUAUUGCUUGGUGGACUUCUGGGAACAGUGGCUUCUUUCAUUAUUUAUACUAACAGUGCAGCACUGGUUGGCAGGUCUAUUCCUCCUGAGCGACUACAGAUGAUUAACAAAGAACUAGAAAAUGAUGUUAUGAUUCGUGCCAUCCAUGAUGUUAAGGCAACAGAUAUGGGAAACUCUGUUGUCAGAUAUAAAGCAGAAGUGGACUUUGAUGGUCGUGAGCUAACCACGUCGUAUUUAGAUUCCCAGGACUUGGAUAAAAUGUUGCAGGAAGUGCAAAACAUCAAGACAUUUGAGGAAAUGGAAGCCUUUAUGUUGAAACAUGGAGAAAAUAUUGUUGAUCUUCUUGGAGCCCAUGUUGAUAGAAUAGAGACUACCAUGAAGAAACGUCAUCCUGAAGUUCGACAUGUUGAUCUAGAAGUUUUAUGAACACAAGCUACUUAGUUUAUAUAUA